CCGGAAGUCGGGGAGGUAAAGAUGGCGUCGUUUCGCUGCCGGCGGGACCCGUGCGGGUUUAUCUGCCUGAUUCUGACCUAUUUCAGCGUGUUUUACGCGGAUUACGUGGUGAUUCAGUACGUGCUGAUCCCCGCCUACUCCGGCAGUGUUUGGUGCACUCUUCAUGGAUCAGUAUUUAAUGUUAUAUUGUUACUGCUUCUGGCAUGCCAUUCAAAAGCAGUGUUCUCAGACCCAGGUAUGGUUCCUCUUCCUGAGACAGCUAUUGAUUUCUCAGACCUGAGGUCUCAGUCCAACCGUAUGAAUGACAGGGGCUGCGAGGGCUGGACCGUCUGCAGUCGCUGUGAAACAUAUCGACCCCCCCGUGCACAUCACUGCCGGGUGUGUCAGCGCUGCAUCAGACGCAUGGACCAUCACUGCCCAUGGAUCAACAACUGUGUUGGGGAGCUGAACCAGAAAUACUUCAUCCAGUUUCUCUUCUAUACUGGCAUGGCCAGUCUGUACUCCAUGGCUCUCGUGGUGUCUGCAUGGGUGUGGAGGAUACGAAGUGAAAGAGAAGGGGAUGGAGAAAAAGAAGGAGAAGAAUCUCCUAGCAAGCAUCUGAUUGUUGCGCACUACAUCAUUCUGUUGGUGGAGUCCAUUCUGUUUGGCGUUUUCGUCUUGGUGAUAUUUUAUGAUCAGCUCGUGUCUAUUAUAACGGACGAGACCCCGAUCGAGCAAAUGAAAAACAGACUCAUGAAGGACAGACCAAACAGCGGCCAGCUGACCCACACCACACACACACGAAAGCCCAAAAUCGCACUGCUGCGUGAAGUGUUUGGACGAGGAUCAGUGCUGUGUUGGCUCUUCCCGCUGCAUUCCUCUCCCCCCUCUGCUGGAGGAAUCAGUUACUCAGCUGUUCCUGAUUACGACGUGUAGAGCUUCAGUGUGGGAUUACGGGUAUCUGCAUUAAUAAGCUCUCUCAGAAGUGUUAUACUGAAGACAGAUGGACGUGUGAUGAAUUCUGGAGCGCACCGUGAUCUGUGUAAAGCCACUUAUUCACACAGUGUGCUGACGUGGUAGGAGCUACAGAGCAGGAAAUAUUACUGUGUUUUUAUUACAUUCUUUCCUUCUGUGUUUCUUUCUGACUGUCUUUGUGUUUCUGUUCACUCUCAGUGAGAGUUUCUGUAUUAUUAAUGCACUAAUUGGACCUGCACAAAUUAAGCAUUCAUUCAUUUAUAGCAGUAAUUAAAUAAUUAGCAGGCAGUUAGUCCAGACUGGACUAUGAGGUUAUCUGCCAUCUGGACUGGGCACAGUUAGAGUCCGGGCUGAGGGAACUGAGCGUAUCACACACAGGUGAAGAAGCCAGUUUGCUCAUGUUUCUGUGUUUUGCUUUAUUUUGACUACAUUUGACUACAUUCCCCACUUGGAACAGAGCUGAUGCUGUGCUGAUGUGCAGUUAUACAGUAAAAUACAGUUUAUAUGCUGUUAACUACACAGUCAGUGUAAUGUCAAUCAGGACUGUGCAGUAACUACAUUGCUGGUCUGAACACUAUGUGCUGGUUUCAGUGCGUCUGUGGUGCCAGUAUAUCGAGUGAUUCCUGCUGGGCCUUUACAUACACACACACACACACACACACACAUACAUACACACACACACACACACACACAUACACACACACACACACACACACACACACACACACACACACACAUACACACACACACACACAUUUACACGGGGACAGUACUGAUGUAAUGUAUGACUUGCACUGAAGGUGUUUCUUUUUUUCCCCUCUAAUAAACACAGCAUUCUUAUUUAUUUAUUUUAGUUUUAUUUAUUUGUUUGUUUUGUGAUGUUUUGUGUAUGUUAUUGUUUUUUGAAUGCGUAAAUGUUAUAUACAUAUUUUAACUGUACAUAAAUACAUUUUAUAAACAUUAAUUGCAGAGAAAGUAUUGCAACAUUUUCAGGGUACUGGCCUUGUUUGACUUUUGUUUUAUUUAUAUUAAAUUUGCGUUGCUGCUUGUUGACAGCUUGAAGGAUGUGUGUGCAUAGCUAAUCAUGUCUGAUGAUGUUUACAUUGAUAUUUAUUGUACUUUCUCUGUGAAACUGUCAAAAUGCUGCUCUGACUUGUGAAAUAAAAGACAUCUUUUAACAUUA